GUAUUCAGUUGAGCAGCGACAACCAAACGAAUACGAAUCCAAAUUCGAAUAGAAAACGAAUACAGUUCGAGUGUGUGAAUAUAUAGAGAGGACAAACGAUAAAUAUGGUAUCUGUGGAAACAAUUGGUUCGAUUUUCAUCAAAGCACUUAAGCUGAUCAUCAAUCUGGUGGUGAUCUUCCUAUAUCGUUGGGGCGAUGGCGGCGAGUUCCUGGGCAUUGGCGGCACAUGGAAUCUGAACGAGGAGAAGAGCGCCGAUGCGGAAAUCGUGGCGUCCGGCGUGAUGGUCGGCUUCUUAAUAUACACGGGGUGCCACACCAUUGCCUACUUCUUUGGCACCACCAAGCACAAGGGCGAACUGUGCGACACCAUCAUGAAUGUGGUGGGCACCUUUAUGUGGAUCGCCGUGGGCGGUGUGGCGCUGCACUACUGGAAGGGCUACAUGUCCGACGAGGGCUUCCUCUAUGUCAACUCGGAGCGUCAGGUGGGCAUCGCCAUGGGCUCGCUGUGCGUCAUAGAGGGCGCGCUGUAUCUGCUGGACACCGUUCUGGCCUGCAUACACUACUCCAAGGGCGACACUGACUACACGCAAUGAGCAGGGAGCGAGAGUGAAGCGUCGCUGGAGCAACAGCCGAAUAACUGACAACAUAUUUUUUCAUUUUCUACCAAAUUCAGUUAACUCUAAGUGCAAAUUAGUUCGUAAUCUACUUAUCGAGCCACUCGUGUAUGAUUCGCUCGUUUAACGUUUUAUCUUAUUUACCCACUAGCAAACCAUUUAGGUUUCGCUCCAACUACACACGUUGGCUAAUACAAAUUGCUAAGAUCAAUACAAUGAAACAAACAAACAAAC